CUCUAAAAACCUCACUUUUUUUCCAUAUAUAUUCCCCUCUUUCGUCUUCUGCCUCUUCCACAACAAACCUCUCCGCCAAAUUUCCUCUCCGAUCAUGUCCGUUACCAGCCAACUCUCCUGCAAGCCAAAUAAGAUCUUCAACAAAUCACUUCACCGGCGGAAAGAUUCCGGCGAGCUCGACGUCUUCGAAGCCGCCCGCUACUUCUCCGGCUACAAUGAGCUCCAUUACAACGCCGCCGCCGCCGCCAGCUACGACACUUCCUUAUUUUCUCAGAAGAUCUUCAGAGAGGAUGACGGCGGCUGGAGAGGCGGCAGAAUGAGCCUCGACUUACCGAUAAGAACCAACAUAGUCCCUCUCCCGCAGCCGGAAAAACAAACAACCAAAGACCAAAAAAAACACCGGCAACAACCCAGCUCCCCCGGCGGCCGCCUCGCCAAUUUCCUCAAUUCCCUCUUCAACCAAUCAGCUUCGAAAAAGAAAAAAAAACCCAAAAACCUCAUAAAAUCCGAAGAUCUCCACGAAAAUGGGGCAAGAAAGAGAAGAAGCAGCUUAAGUACGUUGAUUGAUUCAAAAUCAUCCUCAAUUUAUUCAUCUUCCAACAUUUCUGGAUUCAGAACUCCACCAGCUCCCAAUUGUACUGUACAAACACCCAACAAAAACUACAAGGAAAUCAGAAGCCUUUUGGAUCAAAAACGAACAUCCUCCAAGAAUCUCGGAAGUGGAUAUCAUAAACAAAAUCAAUACGACAUCAGAAAAAUGAACGGCGUCGAUGAAGGAGCUGAAAGUGAUUCAAGCUCUGAUCUUUUUGAGCUAAGGAUCUGUGAUUCAGAUUGCGGCCUGCCAGUCUACGAAUCCACAAACAUUCAGACCAUUAACAGACCAGAUUUCAUCCAAUCUUAUCCAUCUAUG